GGAAAAUUGACCUUUUUUUUGAGAGAAAUAGGUCAGUGAGUUAGAUUAUUAUUUCAGUCUUUAAGGUUUGGCUGAUAAACCGUUGAGCAAAAAAGAGUGGAGAAGAGAGUAGUAGAAAUCAGAGAGGGGAAAAAUCAGAUAUUAACUCAUUUCUUCUCCCUUCGUUUUUUCCUCCAAUUGUUCUUUUCUUGAACAUUUUUUUGGUAGCAUUUUCUGUCAAAGUUGUUUAUAGAGCACUUCUAGAGUAAAGUGUCUGGAUCAUGACUCCUGUCUGUUUGGAAAGAGGGAGAUUUCCAAAAUAUGAUACCUGUAGCUUUUGUAUCUUCAUUGAACAUAAAGGGAUUUUUGGUAGAUUCUAAUUUAGGACAAGAUGAAGUCCUGAUGAAAAGUCUAUUAUCUACUGUGAUUGUUAGAAGUUAUUGAACUUAUGAAACUAUGGCAGAGAGAGAGACAGCAUCAUCCGUGCCCCCAAAGUGUGGGCCAUACAUUUCUUCUGUCACUAGUCGGAGUAUGAACUUGAUGAUACGUGGAGUAGUUCUGUUUUUGAUUGGAGUGUUUCUUGCAUUAGUAUUAAAUCUACUUCAGAUUCAGAGAAAUGUCACACUCUUUCCACCUGAUGUGAUUGCAAGCAUCUUUUCUUCAGCAUGGUGGGUACCACCAUGCUGUGGCACAGCUUCAGCUGUGAUUGGGUUAUUAUACCCCUGCAUUGACAGGCAUCUGGGAGAGCCACAUAAAUUUAAAAGAGAGUGGUCCAGUGUAAUGCGAUGUGUAGCAGUCUUUGUUGGUAUAAAUCAUGCCAGUGCUAAAGUAGAUUUUGACAACAAUAUACAGUUGUCUCUCACACUAGCUGCACUAUCCAUUGGUCUGUGGUGGACUUUUGAUAGAUCACGAAGUGGUUUUGGCCUUGGAGUAGGAAUUGCUUUCUUGGCAACCUUAGUCACUCAACUACUAGUCUAUAAUGGGGUUUAUCAAUAUACAUCUCCAGAUUUUCUUUAUGUUCGUUCUUGGUUACCGUGUAUAUUUUUUGCUGGUGGCAUCACAAUGGGAAACAUUGGUCGACAACUGGCUAUGUAUGAAUGUAAAGUCACUGCAGAAAAAUCUCAUCAAGAAUGAAGAAAGCAAAAUAUGUUUUUGUACAGAAAAAACCCCCAAGAUUUAAAGAAGCCUGUAAAUGAUAGAGAUACCAAGAAAACAUUGGACUGUAAAAUUGCUAAGAUGCAGUUUUUCCCUUCAGUGGUAUAUAUUUCUGCAAUCUGUGAUUGCUACUUCUGUAAAUCAGUUACAAACCUUUGUGUAUUUGAUUUAAGUAACUGUAAAAAAUGACGAUGCACCACAAACAAGAAUAUUGGUUAAUAGAUGGGUUUAAAAUUUUUUUUUAACAUUUAUUGUAUCACAAUGUUAAUGUGCCAAAGCAUUCUGUUAUUGUCAUACAGAAGAUGAGUACAUUAUGAACAUUUUAAAAAAGUUAUUGAAAUGGCGUACUAUAAAGAGGAAAGCCAAGAAUUCAAUUGAACAGCUGAUAUUUUCUCUUUUUUUAAAAAUUUUCUUGCCUUUUAUUUUUCUACGAACACCAGUGUGAGUUAUGGGUACCCUACUUUGUGGUUGGGAUUCUGUCUUAAUGUGUAAACAAACAGAAGCCUAGAGUAUUUGAAUUUUUUGUCUUUUGUGGAAAAAGUGAACUUUACGUGAAAUGUUUUUAAAUACAUAUCUACCUGCAAUGCUGGAGAGGAUCCAAAGAAUAAACACCUAUGUAGACAAAUAUUACUAGUAUUGUAUGUGAAGCCCGUGAGAGAUUGUCAGCAUUACUAUUUUUCAGUCAGAGUUUAGGAGAGGAUGGAGUAGGUAAAAGUAAGGGUCAUGAAAGAGCAAAACUAGAAUGAAUGUGAAUUUUGAAAAAAAAAUGGCUUUCUGCAACUACGCAAUGUUUAAAGUGGCUUUUUAAUAGUCACAAGGAAUUUAGCACCUCUUAAUUCUUUGCACAUAUAACAACCCCCAGAUCUGUAGAAAUGAAGGUUCUAAUGCUAAUUUGGGGGUUCUGGUAAUGUUAACAAACCGCUUUGGCUUGGUUGACUUUUCAUCAGAACCCUUGGAUUUACAGCCUCAUUAUAUGCAAUUGGGGGCAUGUAAUUUUUUUAUGUAUUAACAUACCCAAUAGUGAAGAGUUCCAGUCUAUUGGUUAAAUAUGUAUUAAGAGUUUUAUGCAUAUUAAAGGUCUUGUUUAAAAGUUCUGUGUAUUUUUAUCUGCUUUUUAAGAUUAUAAUCACUUAAGAAUAGUUUGAAGCAUAUUAUUAAUUUAUUUGCAAAUAUCAUAUUCGAAAUUGAUAAUUUUUUGCUACAUGGGGGAAAUUAUUUCAAAAUAGUGUAUGUAUGUACGUGUAUAUAUAUGUAUGUAUGUGUGUAUACGUAUACAUAUGGUACACAUAUGCCCACAUUCUCCUAUGAUACUAAGUAGAUUUUUAAAAAUAAAGUUUAGUUUAAAGAACUUGUUACCAGACUAAGACCUUUUAUGCCAGAUUUUAAUCUGCUUUCACAUUUUAAGGCUGGUAAUUAUGAAAUCCUAAAAAUAGAAUGCAUACUGAACAUGUGGACCCAGCCUUUGCUACAGUAGCAUGUGUAGGCUACUAUAAAUUAUUAUCCUAUCUUCAAGAAGCUGUUCUUAAUUUAGAAUAAAUAAAUAUAUAUUUUAGAUACAAUUUUGUAAGCACUAUAAAAUCUUUACUAAUCAGUUAUAAGAUCUCUGAUGUACUUUAAAAAUUGCUUUUAAAAGCAAAAGACAUAUUAAAAAUAUAAUUAUUAUUUUUGUCUUUUUUUGUCAUAGUAAAUAGUAAAUGAUCAUACUGUGAAUUAGCCUGAUGGGCCAAAUUACCUAUACAGUUUUAACUUGUAAAAAGAAAUAAUGAAGGAGAACUAAGCCUAUUAAUAGAAAGAGAUUAUUAGGAUAUGCGUAGACAUCAGGCUUUUAAAAAUGUUUUGCAGAUUAUCUGAAAAACUAAAGUGUUAUGAAAAUUUGGCAUUAAGAUCUUGUAUAGGCAUAGUUAAUUAUAUAUUAGUCCUGGAAGAUUAUGUUAUGUAUUUAUUAAGUACCUUCCAUAUACAGUAUAUAGCCUGGUUUUUGGAAAAAUAAGCCUAUAGGCCCAGUUGAGAAAUUGGCAUCAAAAAUUAAAUCUCAUACACACUUUCUUCAUCAGAGGGGUGGCUUGACUUUUAGGUUGGGUAAUUUUCAGAACCAUUAUUUCAAGUUGGCAAAGAUUCCCAACAACCUUUAAGUAUUUCAUAGUACUUCAGUGAUAUAUUUUAUCAUAUUUCUAAUUCCAGAGCCUUUUGCAUUUUUAUAAUCUUCAACUCCUUGAAGAUGAUUACUUUGUCAGUGUCAGUUCUCUCAGCUAAAUGCCAACAUUAGUUCCUUCUCAUUUCUCAUAAAUUAGUCUCUUGAGCUUUUUAUAAUCGUUUCCCUGUAGUUUUCCUAUGGAUUUUAUUUUUUUUUUUACUCAGAAUGUGUAUGAUACCUUCUUGUCAAGAAAGCCAACAGGAAGGGAGGGUGGUUGCUACAAUAUUGAAAAGAAGACAGUAAACAUGGAAAUAGAAAACAACACAGAUAAUUUCAUGAUGCAGUAAAAUCUCAUGACGAUGUACAUUUAAAGAUUGUAUUUUGAAAUUUUUUAUGUUGAACUAACAGGAAAAACUCAUAAAAUGUUAAUUAUGUCUAAGAAAUAAUUGGUUUCAAUUAUAUACAUAUCUUAUUCUUGUUAUCUUUUAGAUUUAUUUUAGUAUCCUUAAUUUUUAAGGAGAUAUAAAUUAAGUUACAAGAAAUGUUUUUUCAUGUUUUAUUGUAUUAGAAUAAAGGGACAGGAACUGUUUUUCUUCGUCUUGCAUCUACCCUAAUACCUUGUCAGGUAUCUUGAGUGGAGUAGACAUUUAGGUGGUGUAUAAAUGAAUGAAUGGAUUUUACUGUCAUUUGGUUCUCUUCUUUAUCUACUUUGUUAUUCCUAAGUGAAAAAAUGAUUUCUGUGUUUUUGCCUUAUAGCACUUGCAUAUCUUCGGUCCCAGCAAGCAAUACUAGAUAAAACUCACAGAGUUGGGAAGUGGUAACGUUGAGGAGAGGGAAAGAAAAGAAGUGGGGAAGAGCUCACAUCCUCUUGACUCCCAGCAGACUGUGGUGGAGGAGAAUGCACCCAUCCUGAGAGACCUCUGCCGAUGAGUUUAUUUACUGUACCUUAAUAAGGAGAACAUAAAUGGUCUUUUCUUCCUCUCUCCUACCCCACCUCAACCCCAAGAUUGUUUUACUCUAAUAAAUUCUACAGUUUUCCUCUAA